UAGAAUAAUAAUCAUAUAUACGGGGAAAAAGAGAGAUAGAAGGUCUUCAUAUAAAAAUAGGGAAUAAGAGAAAGCCAUUUCUGGAAAGGGUGUUUGAAUUCGUGGCUCCAGAUAAUACGAUUCCCACCACCACCUCCCCCCCCGUCUCUCUCUCUCUCUCUCUCUCUCUCUCUCUCUCUUCUAUAUUUCUCCAUUGAUUUGAUUAGUUGGAGGAGGAGAACCCUUUUCUCCCAAUCGGAUCGUCCAAGGCUCUGAUAACAAAGAGCGUUGGACGACCAAUCUGUACGUCUCUCUAAUCGAACCAUUGGAGUGCCGAUGACCUUUUACGUUGCGCGCGAGGGUUCCAAGCUUUGGGCUAGGGUUUCCUCGGAGAUAUCGGUGGAGUUGCAGCUUCUGCUGGAGAAAUGGAAGCUUCUGCUUGCCGGACUCAUUUUUCAGUAUAUACAUGGAUUGGCUGCACGAGGAGUCCAUUAUUUGCAUCGGCCUGGGCCAAUUCUCCAAGAUCUCGGGUUCAUGAUCCUUCCGGAGCUUGGAAAAGAGAGAGGCUACAUCAGUGAGAGUCUUUUCACUUUCAUCUUUUUGUCCUUUGUAGUGUGGACAUUCCAUCCCUUUAUCUAUCAUAGCAAGCGCUUCUAUACUGUUUUACUCUGGCUCAGGGUGUUGGCAUUUUUAGUUGUUUCUCAAAUUUUAAGGAUAAUUACUUUCUAUUCAACUCAACUUCCUGGACCUAAUUAUCACUGCCGUGAGGGCUCCAAGCUUGCCAGAUUGCCGCCACCUGAAAGUGUAUUUGAGGUGCUUCUCAUUAACUUUCCAAGAGGAGUUAUAUAUGGGUGUGGCGAUCUAAUAUUUUCAUCCCACAUGAUAUUUACUCUCGUCUUUGUCCGCACAUACCAGAAGUAUGGCUCUAAAAGGAUUGUUAAGCUGCUAGCAUGGUUAACAGCUGUAGUGCAGAGUCUGCUUAUUAUAGCCUCCCGCAAGCACUAUACAGUCGAUGUCGUCGUGGCGUGGUACACUGUAAAUCUGGUCGUCUUCUUCAUCGACCAGAAGCUACCUGAGAUGCCAGAUCGUUCCGGUGGAUCUACUACAUUGCUGCCCGUAAGUGUCAAAGAUAAAGAAAGCAGAUCUAAGGAAGAGCUUCACAAGCUGUUGAAUGGAAAUUCUGUGGAUUCUGCCGAUCGGAGAGUCAGAACACAAAUGAAUGGGAAGCACUUGGAUGACCGGACUUAUGCCGAUUCAGGAACAACAAUGAAUGGCACAUAGUUUGUGGGAAAUGCAGUUGGGAUGGAGGCUUUUUUUAGGACUCAGAAGAGAGACACCAAUCAGGGGCUGGAGCAAGCAUCGCAUGUGUCUGGGCAGUGGAGAUGUCUCACUGAAUCGAAUAGGUGCUUUGAAGAUGUCACACCGAAUGGAAUAGGCCCUUGUAGUUGUAACUUAAACUAAGAAGAAAUUUUGGCGUUGGCCGACUAGAAUUUUGGUCUUUUCCUUCACCAUUGUGCUUUUUUCUUUUUCUUUUUUUUUCCGGUUUCCUUUUUUGAGGCUCCUGCUCGUCGUUAUUUUAAUUCAAGCUAGAUUGAUCAAUUUGUGUGAAGUAAUGCUGAUCGAUUCAUUGUACAUAGGUAUUCACAGCCUCUUCUAGAGGUCCAAACUCGAAAUGCAUCUGCAUUUGAAAGCGGACGAGCCCCAGUUAUGCAUAAUUCACAUGCAUAUUGAGUAUCAAAUUGUUUUCUUUCCUGUU